AAUUCUUCUUUCCACCAUGGGUGGAAAACUUUCACCAUUCUGGAAAACACCUGACCAAAAGGAGAGUGAAAGCAAACCGAUUUUACCCAGGCAACUGGAUGCUGAAGAUGAAAUCCCCAAUUACGCUAGUAUCAAUGACUCUGCUACAUCCUGUGUGCCCUGUGUGGGCAUUGCACGUCGAAGCUAUGUCAACUGUCCAACGUGUCAGGGAACAGGAAGGAUUCCCGGGGAGCAAGAGAAGCAGCUGGUGGCUCUGAUUCCAUACGGUGACCAAAGGCUGAAGCCUAGACGAACGAAACUCUAUGUAUGUCUUGCUGUGACGAUCUGCCUGCUGACAACAUCUCUCGGUAUUUUCUUCCUGUUUCCUCGCUCCAUUACUGUGCUGCCUGCAGGGCUGAAAGCUUCCUCCAUUGGCUUUAAUGCCACCACCACCAGUAUAUAUCUCAACAUGACGAACGUGCUGAACAUAACUAAUAACAACUUCUACCUGGUCACUGUUGUGCAGCUAGACAUAGAGGUUUUGCACCAGUCCCUGGUAGUAGGGAAGACCACCAUGAAAACCCUGCUGAAUAUGAGCCCUUUGCAGAGCGGCCAGAUCUAUUAUAUGGUGGCCAGUAGGAUAUUGGACGACAACACCUAUAACAUUUGCACCUGGACAAAAGUCAAAGUUCACAAUAUUCUGCUGCAUAUACAGGGUACCCUGACCUGCACGUACCUGUGUCAUUCAGAGCAGCUGACUUUUGAAGACUACCAGUACGUGGACUGCCAGGGGAAUGCCACGCUACCUCGCCCAUUGUACCACUGCCUGCCAUGACAGGGCCAGGUUGGCAGAGCUUUUGGGUGCAGCAUAUUCUACCACAAAGGCAAGUCAUAGGGAGACAAACUUCUGGGGCUUCUUCUCAUUCUGUGCCUUAAACAGGAUAAGACUUCCAUGUCUUGUGCGAAGAUGGUAACGUACUUGGCCUUAUGAAUGUGGACUCUGCUGCCCUCGGAUUGCAGCUUUCUUUUUUCAGUGCCUUAUCAUGGCUGAUGCUUCAGCAGAGUGACCAGUGUAUGGGGGGGUGUCUCUGCGUGGCUGAUGGGAGUGGGCCACACUCCUGUUUCACUACUGCUUUGGAGGCAGUGCCCUGUUAGUCAGACUAACUCCUAGUUGUUUCCUCCUUGCGUAAUUUUGCACUUCUGUCCUGAAUUUAAGUAUUUUAUAACUUGAAAAAGGACUGUGAUGAGACUUUUUGGCUGGAUUGCAUCGACAUCACCAGAAUCUAAUGACCGUUGUACAACCUGUGCAACAAGAGCAAGAAACAGGACUGAUGUCUCUAUAUGUCUGGGUCUUAAGAAAAACUACUGCAUGUCAUGCCAAAACACCUUGUGAAAGUGACUCUUGGGUGACUGCUGUUUUAAGCUGUCCAGUAUAGGAGGUGAGAAUAUGCAUUUUUGUAUAUAUGUAUUUUUAAAACAAGCUCAUCUGCUAGCUGUUCCUUAAUGGCAUCCAUUUCAGUGAGAAGAAAAUGCAUUUUGUAUCAUGAACCAAAAAGAUUGCUACUUUCCAGGCAGUGGUGUGUAGUGGCCAGCACAUGCUGUUUGCUGUAUUGUUUUCUUGUAUGCUUUGGCAUUUAAUGCUUUCAACCUGAACAAGCAUGAGAGAGUUCAUCUCUGACUGGAAGAGCUUAAUUUGCACAAAUAUCAGGAAACAGCUGGUUCUGGGGUGUGGUGUUUUGGGGUUCUUUGGGAUUUUUUCUGGUGGUUUGUUUUUUUUUUUUUUUGUCUAAAGCUGGAAAACUACCCAACAGACUUUACAAGAGGAACAGCCCUGGCAGCCUUGUCUCCUCCCAGAGCUGGCAGUUGUAUCCCCCAAACAAUGGAGGAGUUAAACGUUAUUCUUUUAGGUUCUAGUUUAGAUGCUGCCUGAUGCAUUCUAGAUGGUAAAAUAAGAGCCUGGGAGUUGCUGGACUAAAAUUUUUACUCAGUGGUUCAGCAUUUUCCUGCGUCUGUCCCACUGAAGGAUAGAACCAAAGCAUCAGAAUAGUUGAAGACUGUUGAAGAAAGUCUCUGAUCCUGUCUUCAAAAUAAUGCUUCCUAAACCAGCACUUCUUACAGCACUCUUGUGGAGUCUUGCUCCUCACUAUAUCAUCCAUUGAGAUCACCCUGAAAUGGUAACUAGUCAGCUUCCUCCCUGAAGCACGGAUGAAGAAGCUCCAGGUCCCAUACUGAAAUCCUCCCUGCUCGUCGCAUCUCUGCAGUGCUUUUGGUAUUUGCCAUAUUGUUGAUUCUGCUGUGCACUUCCCUCCCCUGCUGCUGGGUUUCCAGCUGUGCUUCUAUACUGCUGUCCUCCACUUGUACCAUUGUUGUCUGUUCGCAAAUAAAGGGCCUUGUGCAACCAG